GGUAAUUGUUUGAAAAGAAAAGGUAAUCCAUUCGAUCUGAUUCAUUUUGCCCAGGCAGAGGAGCGUCACGGAAACUUUGAGGAGAGACUUCGACAAAUGGAAGCUCACCUGGAGGAGAAGAACCAAGAACUUCAGAGGGCUAGGCAGAGGGAGAAGAUGAACGAUGAACACAAUAAGCGUCUCUCGGACACAGUGGACAAGCUUCUGUCCGAGUCCAACGAGAGACUGCAGCUCCACCUGAAGGAACGAAUGGCAGCUUUGGAGGAGAAGGUGAAGCAAAGAAUCUGCAACAGUGGAACGUCGUGUCACGUUCAGUGGUCAUAACAACCAUUUUUUUGUUUGUUUGUUUUGCUGUUU